GCCCGCGAGAAACAGAAGUGUCGAGUAAUAUGGAAAAUUGUGUGACGUGUCUCUUUCUCUCUCUCUUUGUAUCUCUCUCUUUUUCUCGUUGUUAUGAUAUUAAUUAUGUUUUUCAAAGAACAAAGAAACGAACUCUAAGAUGGACGUGUAUAAGCGAAACGUGAAAAGAAUUACGUGAAACUAUACGAGUGCAAUAAAGUAAAUAGAUAAAAUGUUACGAUGGAAUUUCAAAUUUCUGGAAGAUCUUCCUUAAUAGGUUAAAUGAUAUCACCAUACGAGACUAUGACAGUAAUAAUGUUAUCAAAUAAUCCGACAAAGAAAGAGAGAGAGAGAGAGAGAGAGAGAGAGAGAGAGAGAGAGAGAGAGAGAAAGAGACAACGAAUCAUCUUUAAAUUACUACACGUACUACACGAAAUUAAAUAUACAAAUCGCAUUCGUUUUAUUACAUACAAAAUUUACCUUAAAGAAAUUUCCGACAUCGUCCCAAUAUGCCAAGAUGGAUUCGAUGAGUUUUCACGGUGGUGUAAGUGAAACGAUUCUGUUCAAAGGAUGGCGAACAACCGAUUGGAUUGGUAUGGGUGGUUCCAUGAUCGGAAUUAUUCUGCUUACGAUGAUUUACGAAGGGCUAAAAAGUUAUCGUGAUCAUCUUUUUAAUUAUACAGCAUUGGUGAACAAGAAUAUAAAAAAGACGAGGAUACAGAUGAUCUUUUCCAUGGUUCAUCUGGUUCAAGUGAUAUUACAUGUUUGCCAGAUGAUAAUAGGAUAUUUUUUAAUGCUCAUAUUUAUGACUUUUAAUGUCUGGUUGUGCAUCGCCGUGGUAAUUGGAACAGCGCUCGGUUAUUGGCUCUUCUCUUGGAAAAAACUAAACAGCGACAAUAUAGAUUGUUGUUCGUGAUAAAACGAUUAUUUUCUAACUAGCACCAUAAUUUAAUUGCAAUUAUUUCUACUAAUUAUUAUUUAUAUUAUUUCAUUAUUAUGUAAUGUUGUUAAAUAUUAAUGAUUCAUUUAAUAAUACACUUUA